AUGGAUGACGAUAUGGAAUUGGACGAUGAACAGGAGCAGAUUGAAGAGCCCAUCGACGAACCCGACUACGACGACGACGAUCUCGACCAGGAAGACGACGCUGACGAUGACAUGGACAACUCCGACCCGGAUGCCGAUGUCGACGACGACGACGAUAACUCGGACGCCGACGAUGACGAUCGAGACGACGCAUCCACCUCCUCUCGCACCGCUCAACGUCGCCUCUCCACCGUCGAUGAAUCCCUCUCCUCCACCACCUACCUCUCCAAAGUCCAGUCUCGUCGUUCCUUAUUCCACCCACCCCCAUCCUGCAUCAGCACCACUCUCGGCUAUCAGAUCGAGCCCAUGGCCGCUGCUCCCCACUCCUCCCAGAUCCACGCUCUCGCUCUUUCGCUCGACGGUCAGACUCUGCUGACAGGCGGUUCCGACGGCUACGUCCGCAAGUACGACCUGUACGCUACCAUGAACGGCCGCACCAUGCUCACUCAAAACGUCCGCCACGGCUUCGUCGAAGGCAUCACUCGAGGCGGAACUCUGUCCGCCUUCUGGCCUCACGAAGAACACCUCCCCACCAGCUCCACCUCUUCUUCACUCAACCCACCUACAGGAUCCGAAAAGGACCGUUUGAUAGGUGUAGUCCACAGCCUCGCCAUACAACAAGAUUCUCUCUGGGGUCUCAGCGGCUCCGAAUCCGGCAACAUUCACCUCUUCGGUGUCAGGCACGAACCUGGUGUCACACGGCAUGUCUUCAGGAAGCACAAGGGUGCCGUUUCGGCAUUAGCAGUCAUGAGGGACGAAAAGAGUAUGCUGUCUGGCGGGUGGGAUAGAAGCGUUGUUCAGUGGGAUCUGAACACAGGUCGAGUGGUGAGGGAGUUGGAUGGUCAUGCUGGACAGAUAUCGAGUUUGAGUUUCAAGCCGCUAGGUGGAGGCGUGGGAGGUCAAGGGCAGGAGAACGGUGCGGUGAAUGUUGCCAUACAUCCCGAGGCGAUCGGGAAUGGUGUUGAGCAUGUGGAUGAGGACGAGGAAGACAAGGUAAGGAAUGAAGGGUCGAUUGCUGGAGAGAAUGGAGACGAGGGAAGUGACGACAAAGUUAUGGCGAAUGGUGACGGUGCAGCGUCGAACGAGGAGUCAACACAGCAGAAGGAGACGGAUCCACCGGCAAUAUCUACAGCAGAAGGCGAUUCCGGCCCGCCGCAAGAUCAAACAGCAGCAGCAGAAGCAGAUCAGCCAGAUGACAAGCCUCAAGCGGAAGUGGUGUCGAUAUCUUUACAAGACAAAGUGGCCUCGGACGACGCAGCGAAUCCUACACCAAACUCGCUUCCCAAGGACACCAACGGCACUCCAAAACAGGACGCCGUGCUACCAGACAGCAGUGACGCCACUGCAACAUCCUCAUCAUCGAACGACAAGAAUUCCGACACCAAGCCAGCAGCAAGCACAUCCGAUCCUGCCAAACCAUCCACCGUUGCUGGCGAUGACCCAACAGAGGAAGAGCUGGCUUUCGAAGCCGAACUCAACGCCAGCCUCGGUAUGGCUCUCGACGGCAGUAGCGGAGCAACCAAAGCCGACGGUACCCGGCCGGACAACAUCUCUGGAGGCCUCAGCGGCACCACCGCCGGAGGAUUGAUGGUCGCGGGUGCCGAUCAGGAUUUCGACAACGACGGUGGUGAUGACGAUCUGUUCGGUGGCGAUACGCCGCCUGCGUCUGCACCCAAGGACCGGGACGCUGCGGUCACGGUCAAGAGCGAACCCAACGGUGCUGCAGGCAACGACAGUGAUGGGGACGACUCGUUGUUCGGCGAUGGAGACGAAGACGCCGACGGCGAUGCGGAUGCGGAUGGUGAUGCGGAAAUGGAUGCUGAUGGUGACGCUGAUGCAGAUGCAGAUGAUGAUGCGGAUGACGAUGGAGAUGACGGAUCGUCGGACGAGGAUAUGCCGUUGGCAGGCCGACCGAUGAUGAAGAAUCCCUCCACGCAGAGCAAUCUUGUUGUGCCAGGAACGGCGUCGCCUGCGCUUUCUUCCGUCCCAAUGUUGCCCUCGUCUUCAGGAGCGACCGCGACUGGCUCGACGACGACUGUUUCCAAGCCCGACGCGUCCGACCACAAAUCUUCUCCGACCAAGGCCGGCAGCCCACCCAAGAAAGCCCUUCCCAAACCAGCGUUUGGCGGGUUCAGUAUCGCCUCGUCCUUCGACGCGCCCCUCUCGACUUUCAGCCCAGACGUGAUGCUCUCCACCUCGCUAUCCGGUCAAGUGAUCCUCUGGGACCUGCGCUGUCCCAACUACACACCUUCGGAUGGACCCGCCCGCGGUGUCCACUCUCUAGCAUUACCAAACAAGGUUCCGCCAUGGUGUCAGUCGGCCAUCUUCAACUCGACUGGCGAUAAAGUCUUUGUCGGUCGAAGAAACGAAUCCGUCGACGAGUGGGAUCUUCGCAUGCCUAGCGCAAAGUUCACCCGAGCGCUACGGCUGCCGACUGGUUCUGGUCCAGUCUACUCGCUGGCUGCCAUGCCGAAUCGUCGUCAUAUCAUCUGCGGGAGCUACGACAAUCUGCGACUCUGGGAUACCGAGUUCGUGCCCGGCUCGGGAGAGGCAGGAGAUCUGAGGGUGCCGUUCAAGAUCGUUGCGGGACAUCAUGGUGCCAGUCUGUCGCAUGUGGUGGUGGACGCUAGUUGCAAGUUCUUGAUCUCGGCGAGCGGCGAUAGAGGUUGGAUGGGGUCGAGCACCGAGGCGGUGAUCAUUCAUGAUAUCAAGGCCAUCACGUAG